AGCACUUCCCACGCGUUGGUCGUUGCGCCUGGGUCAAAACUAGGGGGAAUAGGAAAAACAAUGAGAAGUGGAGGGAGCUCAUGUCAGUGGGAUUUAACCAGUUGUCGACCUGCACAUCAAACGUGGAAGUUUCGGUUCUGUUAAUUUUAUUUCAGUUAAUGCCAUAGUUAUGAAUGUCUUUUAUACUAAGCCACGUUCAUUUUGAAUGAAAGUUGCGAGGUAGCUAUCUUGCAAGCAAGCAAACGGCCUCGUCUCGCGUACAAUAACAGCGCAUCUCUUUUCUUUUAAGUUAUCACGUUAAGUUACAUAGGUUCUUAAUGUGACUGUUUUUGACUGUAUUGAUCUCAAUUGGCAAGCUAACUAUAUAAGAAGCUCUGAUUGUUCUCUUUUUGAAAUAACUACAGCCAUUGUCCUUGAAACCAUAUGCACAGCUAGCUAGCUGUUUGCUUCUGCAAAGACAAUUGCAUUAGAGUGGCAGCCUUGGUCAGGUCAGUGGCACUGCUAGUGUGAUAAGCAGUUUCCAUGUAGGUAGAGAUAUAUUUAUUGUUUACGUCUUUCAGCAGUGUGUGUCAGCUAGCUAAGAAAUUUAAACGAUUAGACUAGCGAGCCACGCACACAAGGACGUGUAGCUAGCUAGCUAGUUUCGCUCUACUGGCAGUUGAGUUUGUUUUGUCAGCACGAACUAGCUAACGUUAGAUACUGGAGUGCAUGUGCAUGCUGCUCGUUUAUUACGGUACUUAGCCCAUGUUUUUGACACCUAUUGGUGGCUAGCUAGCUAGCUACGUUUUCAGCUGUUGGUUAGCAGGUGGUAACUAGCGAGUGUACAGUCUCUGGCGAUUUUUGGAUUCAGCUACCCAGCAAGAACUCGGCUAGGUGUUGAUACCUAACCUCCGAUAAAACUGGAUUCAGCCAAGAUGAUUCCCGAUAAACCUCCCAGAGAGGAUGUUUACCACGCAUCCAGUGACUUUCAAAAACAAUCGCAUGUUCCUAGCUUUGAAAAAUACAAGGAACUCUACCUGAAAUCUGUUGAAAACCCAGAAGAAUUCUGGGGCGAUGUUGCAAAGGAGUUCUUCUGGAAGUCCAAGCACACGGGCCAGUUCCUGGACUACAACUUUGAUGUCACAAAGGGCAAGAUUUACAUCAAGUGCAUGGAAGGCGCCACCACCAAUAUCUGCUAUAAUGUCCUUGACAGGAACGUCCAUGAGAGGAAACUCGGGGACAAAGUGGCCUUCUUCUGGGAGGGGAAUGAGCCUGGUGACGAGAUGAAAGUGACUUACAGAGAGCUGCUCCAGCAAGUCUGCAAGUUUGCCAACGUCCUGAAGUCACUAGGAGUGAAGAAGGGGGACCGCGUCUCCAUCUACAUGCCCAUGAUCGUGGAGCUGGUGGUGGCCAUGCUGGCGUGUGCCCGUAUCGGAGCAGUUCAUUCCAUCGUGUUUGCAGGAUUUUCAGCUGAGUCUCUGUGUGAGAGAAUCCUGGACUCUCAGUGUUCCUUGCUAAUCACUGCAGACGGAUUUUACAGAGGAGACAAGCUGAUCAGCCUGAAAGUGAUCGCGGAUGACGCGCUCAGAAAAUGCAAGCACAAGGGCUUCCCAGUUCAGAAGUGCAUCAUGAUAAAGCACCUAACUAAGGAGGAGGCUGCAUUGCCACCAGGCUGCCAGUCUCCCCCUGCCAAGCGAGCUUGCCCUGACCUACAGCAGGAGAAACAGAGAGAAAGAGUAAAGAAAGUCCGCCCUACACCCCAGGUGCCCUGGAACCCUGACGUCGACCUCUGCUGGCAUACGCUGAUGGACGGGGCCUCUGAGGAGUGCGAGCCAGAGUGGUGCGAGUCCGAGGCCCCCCUCUUCAUCCUCUACACCAGCGGCUCCACAGGCAAGCCCAAGGGCGUGCUGCACACAGUUAGCGGGUACAUGCUUUAUACUGCCACCACCUUCAAGUACGUGUUCGACUACCAGCCCGAUGAUGUGUACUGGUGCACAGCUGACAUUGGCUGGAUCACGGGCCACUCCUACAUCACCUACGGCCCCCUGGCCAAUGGGGCCACCAGCGUGCUGUUUGAAGGUUUGCCCACCUACCCGGAUGUGAGUCGUAUGUGGGAAAUCGUUGACAAGUACCAGGUGACCAAGUUCUACACCGCCCCGACGGCCAUACGUCUGCUCAUGAAAUAUGGGACUGAGCCGGUCCACAAGUUCAGGCGCACCUCACUGAAGGUGCUGGGCACGGUCGGGGAGCCCAUCAACCCAGAGGCCUGGCAGUGGUACUACAACGUGGUUGGGGACAAGAGGUGCCCUGUGGUCGACACUUUCUGGCAGACUGAGACGGGGGGUCAUGUGUUGACUCCACUGCCAGGUGCCACGCCCAUGAAGCCUGGAUCAGCGACAUUUCCCUUCUUUGGGGUGGUUCCUGCCAUCCUGAACGAGUCUGGGGAGGAGCUGGAGGGACCCAACGAGGGCUAUCUGGUGUUCAAGCAGCCCUGGCCAGGAAUCAUGAGGACAGUGUAUAGAAACCGAGAGAGGUUCGAGACCACCUACUUCAAGAAAUUUCCUGGAUACUACGUUACAGGAGAUGGUUGCCGGAGGGACGAGGACGGGUAUUUCUGGAUCACAGGAAGGAUAGAUGACAUGCUCAAUGUCUCUGGGCAUCUGCUGAGCACGGCGGAGGUGGAGUCGGCGUUGGUGGAGCAUACCUCGGUGGCGGAGGCUGCGGUUGUUGGGCGGCCGCAUCCCGUGAAGGGCGAGAGUCUGUAUUGCUUCGUCACGCUCAAAGACGGCGUCAGCUACAACGCCACCCUGGAGGCGGAGCUCAGGAAGCAGGUGAGAGAGAAGAUCGGAGCAAUUGCCACUCCAGACUACAUCCAGAAUGCUCCUGGUCUGCCCAAAACGAGAUCAGGCAAGAUCAUGCGGCGGGUGCUGCGGAAGAUUGCGCGCAACGAGCGGGACAUGGGGGACGUGUCCACGCUGGCCGACAGCACGGUCAUCGAGCAGCUGUUCCGAAACCGCUGCGCUGCCGCGGUCUGACAGCGGGGGGCACUAGCAGGGUGCCCCGCUCCCAGAGGGGCCGGGGCCACUGGUCACAGACACCUCAGACACGCUUUGGAAUGUUGACGUGCCAAUCGCUGGUGGGUUGGGGAUAGAUGCCACAAGAACAAACGUAAUGUUUUUUUUUCCCCGACACAGUACAAUUAUGUAUAUUAAGUUUAUUAGAGAGAGCUCCCUAUUGUUUUUCUUUCCUUGUACCUCAGUUUUUUUAUUCUUAUCAAAGCCUUCCUGUCUUUUACCGUGUGUCAGAGGUCUUGCGUUGCAUCUCCGAUUAAACGGAAUGUGUGUAUUUUAAGCCCAUGUUAAAAGUUUUUUGUUCUUUUCGGCAAGGACACGCAGAGUAGGGUAUGAUCACUGUGCUUUUUGCCAAAUGACUCAUCACUGCCUCUCCCUGGUUAUUUCAUGUUUCCUGGACUGUCUUCUUUCUUGCGCCAUAGUGUAUGCAUGGUAGUUUGUUAGAAUUAUGGCCUUGGUUGUACUAUCAGAAUCAUGCACAUCCUAGGACCUUGUAGGUUAGGUUUGUUUUUUGUGAUUAGGUAUAUAGACCUUAAUGAUUUCAUAGCAAAAUUCUCUCUGUGUUGCAGCAUAGAACAAUAAUGGAAACAGUUUGCCAUUUGUCUGAAAACAAACAUGUAUUUGAAAGUAUAUUUUUGUUACUUUUUGACAAUACUGUGUUACGUAUACUCCAGGCUUGCAAUGAGACUUUCUCUGUUGGUUACUGUGUUUUAAAGACCUCCAUAUUGAAAACGAAUGCUUAUAUGUUUUGAGUACAUCAAGACUGAAUAAAAUCCUUUUUUCCCCAUUUCUUUUGUUUUUAGUAAACCUUGGAAUGAGUUCAUUUAUAAGUUUGUGUUCUGGGGAUAACCAUAUAUCCUCAGGUUACUAUUAACCUAUUAGCUCCCUGUAGCUGUGUAUUUUCAUUUUUGUCCAGCAGAGGGGGCAAGCUCAUAAAAAUUGUACAAACAUGGUGUCAUGUAACAUUCUUGCUGUCUUUAACUACUCAAUAAGCUGUUUUAACGCAAUUAAAAGAGAUCUGGUCCUUUGUGCAUUUAUUGGUAAUUCCAAAGUGUUAAAAGUACUGUCAACCAAGAUUCUGACAUGAAAAAGAAUCAGUGGUUUAUUGUUUAGCCCUGUUUUUCAGAUGAAUGCUAAUGUAACCAAGACUAAUUAGGUCAUAAGAGAUUGCUUUGUGGAAAAAUAGACAUGGAAUGUUUUGCUGUAAAGUUUACCCAGGUGUCCCUUGAUCAAUGACAUUCAAACCUAGUUUUGGUGGUGCAGCUGUAUGUUAACCACUCCCCCUCAUAAACUCUCCUGUCAAUUUAAAGCUGACAUAGCUUUAGAGACCCCAGAUGUUCUAGUUUUUAAAAAAAACAAUGUGUAAAGUUAUAUUUUUUUAACCAUUGCUGAACCAAGAGCUACCUCCCAUACCCACCUCUUUGUAUGUUUUGGCUCUGCAGUGGAAAUUUAAAGUUUUGGUGUCAUUGUCACUGGUCAUGGGUAGUUUCCACUAAGUCCCCAGUUCUCAGGUUGGCAAAAGUGUGUCAUGCAACCUUCCUUAUACUAAAUUGAAUUUUUUGGUCAAUAAUUAUCUUUUCAUAUUGCCAUCACUUUUUGG